AGCACAAUUACUGUGUGUGCAAUUGCAGCAGUAAGAAGUUUUUUUCCCGUGCCUUCUUUUACCCCGAAACUUCUGUCCCAAUCAAUCAAACUUUCGUGAACUUAUCCUUGGCGGAAAGACAGCCAGUCAGUGCCUCCCGGUGCCCAAGUAGGACACGACACGGAUACACACGGGUGUUUGUGUUGUGCAUUACAUCACAGUACGCCGGAGUGCACACACCACCAGCCCAGCAAGGCAGCAUGGCGGACUGGCCCAGCCCGAGGGUGGCCCAGGGUGGCCUGUUUCAUACGCCCAAAGCACGCUACACGAAGGAAACUCAAGAUUUGAUAAAAGUUUUGAUGGAAGAAGCAAAAUUGACGAUUCUGCAGCGCAACAAAAUUAACUACCAUCUGCGAAAUGGCGAACCAUUGCCGGUGCCGAAGGAGCCGAAGUUUGAGCAGGAGUACAGUAACUUUCUCCCGAUGGCCAUACCGCGGAAGAACAUUAAGAAACGUUCACUGAACACCAUCAUCGAGAGUGGUGCGUUCGAUGUGGAAAAGUACGUGCCGCACAAACCGAAGGAACCGAUCGAAAAGCUGAAGCUCAAGCUGCAGGAGCAGAUGAGCGGUAUUAAGAUCUUUCCGGACGAUGGCCGCCGUCGGCGGGUGGUGCGUAGUAAGAGUGAAGGAUGCAUGGACUUUGUGCCGCCCGAUCGGGCAAGUGAAUUGCUCGAGGAAAUCAACGAACGCGUCCAGUGGCUGGAAGAGAUGGAAGCACUGGGCGAGGGGAAGAAGCAUCGCGCCACUAUCCAGCUGCAGAUUGCGGAGAAGCUCAACGAACUCAAGCGACUCGAUCGGGCCAAAUCGCAGGAAAACGAAAUUUAACCUCUGUAUACACUUUUAGCGCACGUUGUUUGCAGUUUAAAUUCACCUUCUCUUUUAUAUUAAAUUCAUUACACGCUUAAUUCUACAGCAAAA